UCUAGGCGCAGGCGUCAGCGAGUGCGUGCGCGUGCGCGUGUGCCUGUGCACGCAGCGGCCGCUCGCUCCACGCUGGAGCCCCUAACGCAGGCCGGCAUCAUGCUCAUCGUGGGGGUAGCCAUCGUCCUCGCCAACAUCCUCAUCAUCGCUACCUACCUCUCCUUCCGCGGUCCAUCAGAGAUGAUCAACAUCUAUCUCCUGUCUCUAGCAGUAGCAGACCUUCUGUGUGGCUUAUUCGUAGUUCCACUCUCAGUGUAUUCAGCCUGGCUACAAAACUGGAUCUACGGAGAUUUGGUGUGCCGCUUGAUGGGGUAUCUUGAAGUAACGCUCUGGAGUGUUAAUGUCUUCACCUUCAUGUGGAUAAGUGUUGAUCGGUAUCUGGCAGUGCAAAGACCGCUUCGGUAUGAUACAGUGCAAAAGCGUACCCACUGUCAAUGUUGGAUGGUGUUCACAUGGGUCUCUGCUGCAAUGUUGUGUUGCCCUCCACUGCUGGGAGUCAAUAAGCCACAUUUCGACCGUGAUGCUUUUGUCUGCAUGUUGGACUGGGGAAAUAUGGCUGCCUACUCUAUAACAGUUGCCAUACUGGUGCUAGGCCCCAGUCUCAUCACAAUUGUUUACACAUACUACUACAUAUUUUCCAUGAUGAGAAUGGUGCGAAGUGGUGUCCCAAUACAUGAUAAAGAAUAUGCAUCUGCUCUGACUGAAAACUUGUCUAACCCAAGUCACAUAAUGUCUUUCGUGCUUGUGCUGACAUUUUGGAUUUCAUGGACACCGUAUGCAACAGUCAAGUUCUAUGAGUACUUCACAAACAGCAGGUAUCAGGUGCCAUAUCUACACUUUGUAAUUGUGUGGAUAGGUAUUCUGAACUCUUUCUGGAAAAUAGUGAUCCUCAUCGCUCUGAGCCCACAGUUUCGAUUAGCAGUGCGUGUCUUCUGUAUUAGACUCUGUUGUCGCUACAAAGGCAGACUGCAGGGUGAGUUGAUUGAUAUGGAUGAUGAUGAUUAAGACUAUUUGUUGCUUAGUGAUGAAGUGACUACCUUCUUGCUCUGCAGUUGUGUCUGACAGGAAUCAGGUGUUGUGCAGGUGUCUCAGGGAAUGCAUUAUAAUAUAUACAUCUCUGUAGCUAUGUUCUAUUCUGAAAUGGCUCACAACUGUUUGAGAGAUGGAAACUAACUUUCAUUUCUUAUAUCUUGAUGCAACAACAUUCUAAAUGUCUCUUUUUCAGAAAAAGUCUUGCGACUAAUAUAUUCCCCUUGUUGUAGUAUUUCUACAAAUGUAUUGUUUUAUGAAUUGUUUGAUUUUCUGUUCAGAGGAGUAAAUAAUGUAUAAUUCAUGUAAAAAUUGUUUUUUGAACACUAGAAUUACAAAAAUAAUGUCCAGAAAAGAAGGUAUUCUCAGGUUUAUUUCAAGACAUUCAAACAGAUCAUUUUCUGACGAACCUGUUUCACUCACCAUGAUACAAUUACUAAACUGGAAUUGGACAUUCCGAAAUUUAACACACGCUGUUUACCUCUGUAGGAUGACUAUGUAUUUACAGAAUGGUAAAUCUAUUUCUAACUUACCAUGUGCUAUAAAUCAUGAUUUUCUCUUUCAUGAAUGCAACAGAAACUUCUUACUCUGAUCCUGUAUGUGGUAACAACAAAUAAUAUUUCUGAUACAAAAUCAACUGUUUUAAAGUGAAUGUAUUCUAAAGAAUACAUGUGGAAAAUUAAACUUGAUGAAUGCUCUUACUAAUAACCACAUAGACACAUCUAUGAGAUUAUGAAAGUACACCAUCAGGAGAUAGUAAACUGCUUCCAGCUAGUUCCAUCAAAGAAAAACUCCAACUGCAGUUUUAAUUAUUGGGGGAUUUUAAAUACUAUGCUAACUGCUCAAUUCAAAUUUUUGCAACAGAUGUUUACAAUAUCUAGUAUCCUAAAAUCCAUAUGGUAGCAACAAGCAGAAACAUACAGGCACAAUACGUAUGUAGAUCUACAAUAACAGAAGUUUAUAAUUAAUCUUGCUAUUCAAAAACCAUGUAAUUUUUAAUUUUCCAAUUGUCUUGUAAGUACUUUCCAUUAUACAGUAAAACACCAACAAAUAAACAAGAAAAUAGGUCAGGUUUUCACACUCUGAAGUAUGAUUAAAUCUAUUAUAAAAACCUUAUCUGUAAAAGAGUCCUAUUAGGAGCUCAUGGUACUUACAUACUUUUUAGACUGAAAUAGUUACUCAAAGCAGACUCUUACAACCUGUACCUUAUAAAAUCAUUGCUGUUACUUCCUAUAUUGUUGGCUUUAAACACCACACAAGCUUGUACUGCCACAAAAAUUGAAACAUUUAUUAUCUAAAUUGCUUUGCAGAAAAGCUCAUGGAAGAUUCACCUACUUCCCUGAUACUGAAACUGUAAGUGAAAAGGUUGUUUCAUUAGUUAUUCCUUUCAUGAAAAAUGUUUGUUCACAUGAGGGGAUACAUAUUCAGAUCAUUAAGAAAAUGUCAGUUUUGUGUAGGCUCUUGCUCAACUGUUUUCGCCAGAAACUACAUUGGGUAGUUAAUUCACAAAUACUGACUUUUCCUUUUUAAUCAAAAUAUUUGUGACAGAAGUAACUUUCUGCUUGUGACUUGCCAUGUGUGUCGUAAUACAAUCAAUAAUGCCUGAAACAGAAGUCCCAGUAAAAUUCACCAUUUCACACACCUGCGAUAGCAGUUCCUGCAGAACAGUUUUUGGGACAUACCUAGUAUAUAAAAAAUUACUACUGCAUGGGAUAAGUAACUUCUUCCAGUAAAUCAGUUGUCUGUUUGUAUUCAUUAAUCACUUCUACUGUGCUGAAACAAGGCUUCCUUAUUGCAACUGAAACACUGUGUUCAGUUCAAUGUCGACAAUAAUGUUUUGAGCAAAAUGCAAUUUCUUGGGGAUUUCCAUGAAACUAUUAUUUGUGUUAUAUUACUGUAAAUGCAGAUUCCAUCAAAACACCAGCCAUAGUCUGCUGUUUUCCAUUAACACAUGCAAAUCAGGUUUCAUUUGUCUCUCAUUUUGACAAAUGAUAACAUGUUUUCCUCACAUCACACAGAUAAGUAAAAUAUCUUCUGUAAAUGACAAUUAAAAUCAAAUUAAAUUCAGUACUAGUGUUCAAAAAAUAUGUUCUAAAAAUGGUUGUAAGAUAUGUUUGAGUUUACAAUAAUGUAGUAAAAAAAACAAGUUUUCUAGUGGGCAAACUUGAUGUCAAUAUCUCUUAAUUCUGUGAAGGCUGAUUCCUGACAUGAUGUAAAACCCUUGUUAGAAAAUUUUAUAUAAAUGUGCCCAACUCUUUAAUUUAUAUGCAUAACAUGUAUUCUUGCACUUUUAUUUUGCCAAUAAUACAAACCUGAAAUAUAGGAAACAUGCAUUAGAAAUAGUUCAAUUUGUAGCUGUAUUUUCAUACAAGUUGUUGAUAUAUUGAAAUUGUUAACCUGUUAAAAUGUAUUUCCAACCUAUGUACUGGAACCUGAUUUUUUGACAUAAAUACAAAAGUAGGUGUCUGCAACAUGUCCUUCAUAAAUAAUGUGCCUUAAUUUGAAUAGACGCAAAAGUAGGCUUAUCAGGAAGUUAUUUUAUUUAGUGGGAAGUGCCAUCUGAGUUCCAAGAACUAAUUUCUAAAAUAUAAGAAUGGAAACAGAAGUGUCCUACACAGUUAAAUCUGAAAACACCACAAUUUUUUUUAAAAAAAGAACCACAACUGUGACUGUAAUUUCCCUGUAAAAACUCAAUUUCUUUUGUGCUUCACCCUGUAUUCUUGAAUGAUGUGGUUCAUGAAUAGGAAAGUGUAUGGAAUGACAGGGAUGAUGGACAACAAAUCGUGUAAUGGGUGUAGUCGGUGCUUAUGUAGAUACCUAUGUAGAACUGCAGUCAUUUAGUUGAAUAAUGAAACUGCCUGUCACUGCGUGUAAUCAACUUACACUUUAUAACUGUUGUUUUGUCAUUAUGUGCAUUAGUUUCUAUGCAAGACUCAACUUUUUUAAUAGCUACAAAUUUUUUUCUGUGCUAAAUGAACAGUUGAUAAUUUGGCAAU